CAGAGUCAGAUAUGUACAACACCACCACUGAGUUAUAGUUGCUCGACUAGACUAGACUAGACUAGACUGGUUAAUUAGCUCAUCAACUUCCCACCUACACGCUUUUAAAAUUCCUCCUCUCCUCCCAUCUACAUCUAAUUUCCAGAUUUAUUUCAUUAUCUCCCUCGUGGGUCCUUAUAAUUACUUUCCACCACCCAAAUAUCCAUAAAUCACCCCCCCUCAUACAUUUCCUCAUAGAUCUCAUUUUUCAUUAUUAUUAUUAGCGUUGUUUUCUCCGUUUCUUUUUAACAUUAGGGUUUCUUAAUCGCCGGAACAAUGAAGGUCACCGUUUUCACUCGGAGCGGUAGGGAGCUGAUCAACGGCGGUCUUGUUCUUGAUGGCUCUGCUACUGUGGCUGAUUUGCAGGAAGCAAUUCAUCAGAAAAUCAAGAAAUACUAUCCUGCCAGACAACGUUUGACCCUGCCUGUUCCACCGGGGUCAAAGGAAAAGCCUGUUGUUCUUCAACAGAAGAAAAGUCUCAAAGAAUAUACAAGCGGAAAUUCAGACACCGUUACUGUAGUGUUUAAGGACUUGGGCCCACAAGUUUCAUACCGGACACUCUUCUUUUUUGAGUAUGUGGGCCCACUGAUCCUCUAUCCUGUUUUCUAUUACCUCCCAGUUUAUGAGUUAUUUGGCUACAAAGGCGAACGUGUUAUCCGUCCAGCUCAGACUUAUGCAUUAUACUACUGGUGUUUCCACUAUUCUAAACGUAUCAUGGAGACCUUCUUUGUGCACCGUUUCAGUCAUGCAACAUCACCAGUUUCAAAUGUCUUUAGGAACUGUGCUUAUUACUGGAGUUUCGCGUGUUAUAUAGCGUAUUAUGUUAAUCACCCCUUUUACACACCUGUAAGUGAUCUCCAAAUGAAGAUUGGACUCGGGUUUGGGCUGAUUAUGCAAGUUUCAAACUUGUAUUGCCACAUCAUACUGAAAAAUCUUCGUAGUCCAAGUGGUAACCAAGGAUACCAAAUUCCACGUGGGUUUUUGUUCAAUAUUGUCACUUGUGCGAAUUACACAACCGAGAUUUAUCAGUGGUUGGGAUUCAACAUAGCAACACAAACAGUUGCUGGUUAUGUCUUUCUUAUAGUGGCUAUUUCCAUUAUGACUAACUGGGCACUGGCUAAGCAUAGUCGUCUCAGGAGGCUUUUUGAUGGGAAAGAAGGAAGACCCAAGUAUCCUCGCCGAUGGGUGAUAUUGCCCCCAUUCCUCUAGGUGACUACAAAUAUGGGAUGUUUCUCAAUAUCGUUCGUUUUGUAUUAUUUAGAUGUGGUCAUACCACAGCUUCAUUCUUGUCUGCAGAUCUUUUACUUGUUUAGAACUUUGGUUUCUUUAUUGAACGCGACUCAUAAAACUGGUAAUGAUUACUUUUUCUAGGUCUAA